AUGUCUUACGCCAAAGCCGCUGCCUCUGGAGGACCCGUCAAUCAAGCGGACAAGCUCCCGCAACCCGCCGAAGUGAAGCUGACCGCCACCCCGCAAGGCUCCGUCGAAGUGGUGCCCGAGGAAGAUUUUGAGGAGUUGAAGCACGAGACGAAGAAGGACGCCCAGGACCUCGCCCAGGACGUCAAGAAGGGCGCCGAAGCCACCAAGAAGCAAGGGAAGCAGGCGCUCAACCAGGCGAAGAAGCAGGGCCAGGAAGCGCUCGACACCGCCGCCAAGAAGCUGGAAGAGACCUACAACGAGAUGAAGGCGAAGUACGAAGAGCUCAAGAAGCAAGGUGGCGAAGCUUUUGACGAGUUCAAAAAGGAAUUCGACCAGUUUGAACGCGAGUACUCCGCCAAGGCCCAGGAAGCCGCCAACGAGAUCCACAAGCUGCUCAAGCGGUUCGACGCCCAGUACCUCAACGGCGCCGGGUCGGCGCUUGUGGCGCGCAUCGAGCUGUUGUUGCAGCGCGCCUGGGUCGAAUUGCAGAACCCGGUGGUGGUGGUGCAAACGGUGGUGGGCGCCUUGGAGUUGUCGGCGCUCUACAUCGGCUACCGUGACCGACACAGAAUCAACUUGGACAACCCGUUGGUGUUGGGCACUCACCUCGCCGUGAUCACGGGGACCUACUUUGCCAACAAGCACUGGUUCGACAAGUACUACCCGCAAUACGACCAGAAGCGCCUCACCAACUAG